UAAUGUCUUUCAGACACAACGCCUAUGUUGAUCUUGUAAGAUCUUUGGUGAGGGCUUUCCCAUUUUGAUAAGAUCCAACAAAGUGGAAUACAAUAUAUUCUAGAAAGUUUAAAGUUUUGAAUUUUUUGGAACGUAUUUGUGACAAGAGAAAGUCACAAUCAACUUUGUUGAGAAAUAUAUCUAUCUAUUCAAACAAGUUCUGGAAUUGCCACGUGCAUGCUCUAUUUUCCGUGGUAAUGUUGGGAACUGAAAUAUUUAGGAUUUCUUAGAGAAAUAUUACUUUGAUACAUCAUUCUCUUUGAACAUGUGCGACUUUUUGUGCUCUCUAUUAAUCGAGAGAAUAAUCAAAAUAAAUUACGGAAAUAAACCUACAUAAAUAUAUGGUUAUAAAUAUAUGUUUGAUUGUAAUUACAAGAAUUUGGUGAGUUGUGAAUAUGCUGUCAUUGACUCAUGAUGAAUUGUGCUUCUAUAAAAUCUACAUAUGACAAAGAGUUAUCAAAAGUGUCCUGAAAUAAUGUGACUACAACAUUAUAUUUAGAACUGUUCACACAAUGUUACUAACAAACCUAUCAAUUGUUAACUUAAAUUGUAAACAGAAUACAACAUAAUACAUAAACAACUAAAUGAUAUAAAAAAUCAAACAGAAAUUCAAAUAUUCAAAUUUUGCCUUCAAAGAAUGAUAAGAACAUUAGACAUGGUGUUGUGGUAGCUUUUCUGCCACCAAGAAAUAGAAAAGUCCCAUUACACCAGAAUGCCUUAUACUGCUACUGUGGUUAGCCUCUAGAGUUAAGGUUUCACCAUCAAAUAUCUUGAUGGAACCUGGUUUAGGGUAACAAGUGGACAUUCCUACAAUAUACCCUUUCUCAUUUCCUGCUUCUUUUCCUUUUCCAUAUUUUGGGAUUGAAGUACAUAUAGCCCUCCCAUCCUGACAUUAAUCUCUUGCCGGAUCAGGUAUCUCUCUAGUAUUCUUCUAAUUAUAUUUGAUGUAUUUGCAAGUGUUAAGGAAAAGUCAAUAAAGUUAUGGUUUGUUUUCAUUAUCCAGGUUAUUCUGUGUAAAAGUUUCCAGGUUAAUGUUCUUGGAAUUCUUAUGAAUCAUAAAACGGAAAAGGAAGCCGUUUUAGCGAAAUGCUGUUUGAAAGAUGAUCUUAAGAUUGAUUAUCUUCUGUUGCCAUCUAUUACUAUAGAGCAAACACCAGUUGUUGACUGGUUAACUAUUAAUUCUGUUCAUCCAUCUAUGAUUGAGUGUGCGCAUCAUAAAGCCAAUAUACAUACCGAAAAGGGUUUAGUUUGCAGUUGUAUAUUGCGAAAUGCUUUGAUUUGUACUCCGCAUAAUGGCCGAACUUACAUCACCACCGAUAUAAUGGAAUUGAACGGUAAUUCUCCUCUAGAAGUAAGGGAUGGUGAAGUUACCUCAUAUAAAAAGUACUUUAAACAGAAGCAUGGAAUUCAAUUGCGUUUUGAACAUCAACGCCUACUUAAGGCUAGACAUGUUUUUCCGGUAAAGAAUUAUUGUCAUGGAUAUAGACAAGCUAAGGACAGAGAUGUGAGCAAGACAUUUGUUGAAAUACCUCCUGAACUCUGCUAUAUAAUCAUGUCACCGAUACCAGUUAGCGUGCUUUAUUCAUUUGCAUUUAUUCCAUCAAUCAUGCAUAGAAUUGAGGGAUUGCUUGUAGCUUUUAACUUCAAAAAGAUGCAUUUGGAUCAUUGCCCUCAGAACGGGAUUGAAACAUUUAAGGUCUUGGAAGCCAUGACCACAAAGACAUGUAAGGAGACGUUUCAUUAUGAGUCUCUAGAGACUCUUGGAGAUUCCUUUUUAAAAUAUGCUGUUAGCCAACAGCUAUUUUAUACUUAUCAAAAUCACCAUGAGGGUCUCCUCAGUGUGAAGAGGGAGAAGAUAAUUUCUAAUGCUUCCCUCUGUAAGUUAGGUUGCGGUUUUAGACUUCCGGGCUUCAUACGGAAUGAGGCUUUUGAUCCUAAGACAUGGAUCAUUCCUGGAGCUCAAUCAAAAAAAUUUACAAUAGAAGAGAUAAAUUACAAGGGGAGGAAAAUUUAUACUCGCGGAAAUAGAAAGUUGAAACGGAAAAUUGUUGCUGAUGUUGUUGAAGCACUAAUUGGUGCAUUUCUUAGCACUGGUGGUGAGACGGCUGCAUUGUUGUUUAUGGAUUGGGUUGGCAUCAAAGUGAAUUUUAACAUUGCACCCUAUGAGCGACAAUUGAAUGCUUGUCCCGACAAUAUAGUUAAUGUAAGGUUUCUAGAAUCCCUACUGAAGUACUCAUUUAGGGACCGUUCUCUGUUAGCAGAAGCAAUGACGCAUGGUUCUUACAUGCUGCCUGACGUGCCUAGAUGCUAUCAGCGACUUGAAUAUCUAGGAGACUCGGUGUUGGAUUAUUUAAUAACUAUGCAUUUGUAUAAAGAAUAUCCUGGCAUGUCACCUGGGCAGUUAACUGACAUGAGGUCAGCCUCGGUCAAUAAUGACUGUUAUGCAAUGUCUGCCAUAAAGGUUCAAUUGCAUAAACAUGUACUCCAUGCCUCUCAGGAGUUACAUAAACAUAUUGUAGCCACGCUUGAUAAAUUUGACCAGUCUUCAUCAACUUUUGGAUGGGAGUCCGAGGCAUCAUUCCCCAAGGUACUUGGAGACAUCAUAGAGUCUCUAGCUGGUGCUAUACUUGUCGAUUCGGGAUACAACAAGGAGGUUGUGUGGCGAAGUAUAAGGCCUCUUUUGGAACCUCUUGUGACACCAAAUACAUUAACAAUUCAUCCCAUCAGAGAAUUAACUGAACUCUGUCAGAAAAUGAAUUAUACCAUGGAGAAGACCUUGUCCCGGAACGACGGCGUUAAUAGUUGUAAAAUCGAAGUAAUAGCUGACGGGUUAGUUCACCAGUAUGAGUACAUAGGCUCUGCUGACAAGAAAACAGCCACAAGGCUAGCCUGCAAAGGUGUUUUGAAUUCCUUGAAGGAAACUUAAGGUAAUUAAUAUACACGGCUUGUGUAUAUCUAAAAAUAGCGGGAUGUAAUUUUUUUAACUGAUAUUAGAUUUUCAUGAAAAAUGAUAUAAAGGGUUGCAAAUUUUUGAUCA